CAUUUAUAUAUAUAAGAUGGGAAUAAAAUAAGCAUAAUCAGAAACAACUUUAUUUGCCAAGUACACUCAUAUUAUACUGUUAUUUAGUCUCUCAUGGACAAAAUAUUACAAACACCCCUGGCAUCUGUGUGUAUGAUGGCACAUACAAAUAAUUUGACUCGUGUUUCCAGUAGCUCUCAGUAUAUUUACACAGCAACAAAAACAAGUAGGCUAUACUGGAAGAACGACGUAAGACAACAAAGCUGAACAAAAAUGAGCAAAGUUAAACAUACAGCUAUUAUAUACAAGCAUGUAGGUAUGAAAAUAGAUAUAUACAACAACAAUGAACAACCAUACAGUGUGUAGUGCAAGUAUGUAUAUCCAAAUAGUGCAAGAGUGCAUGGCAGUGCAAAGUAUGCUGGAAUAAAUAACAGUGUAUGGCUAAUGUAGUUAAUAUAAAUACAGAGGUAGUUUAUGUGAUCUUGUUGAUGGAUAUACAGAAUAUACAAUCUGCUUAGUAAAGGGAUUAUAUGCGUGUGUUUGUGUGUGUACAUCAUUUGUAAGUGCAGUGUAGCGAUUUGGUAUUGCAUGGUGAUUUCACAGGAUUACUCUGAGACCUCAGGUGGCUAAAUGAAUUGUUCAUGAUUGUGUUGCUUUGUGGAAAGAAACUGUCCUUGUGUCUAGUUGUUCACUGGUUGUAAAGUGCUCUGUAGCGCCCACCAGAGGGGACAAGUUGAAAUAAGUUAUGUCCAGAGUGUUUGGGGGUCUUUAAUCAGAACUGCAGACUCCAAAAUUUGCAUGUAGUAAAAUCAAAUGCUUUCUGACACAGAUUCAACAAAAAACAAAAAGCUUUGCAAAGGUAAUAUAUUUUGUAGGACUAUUGUGUUUCUAUUGUACAAGUGCUGCUGUUACUGUGUCCACCAGUUGCAGUUCAUAGAAAAAAAACUCAGGCUCCGUUAAAUUGAUGAAGUUACAGUAUAUUAUUCUGAAUAUGAAUAGUAAUUAAAUUAUUUUUUAUCCUUAUUGCAUGCCACGCAAAUAAAAAAAAAUCCCAAAUCAAAUUAAGAGAUUAGAAUCAUUAUGGAAUGUAAUACAUUUACAAACAUCGAUAUAAAGUUACUUAGAUUACAUCUUUUUUAAAUGUCAAAUCUUUAAUUACAUAGAGAGAGAUUAAAAAUAAGAAUUAGAAUUAGAAUAAAAAGGAUUAGGUUUGGCACAGGGAUUUUUCUAAUACAAGGUUCAAAAACGAUCUUGGAAUACAAACAGUGAUAGCCCUGCUUGCUGCCAGCUUUGACUGCUCCUACCAGUUAUAAAUAGUCCUUAGAAUAUAGAUAUGCAGUUGGCUAUGUGCGAUGAUCAGUUGACCCUGAGUGACGAACGGCAUCUUUGAUCUUCUCCCAAUCAGCAUUUUCUUCACCCUCCUCCCACCACAAACCUCCUUGAGGUAUUUUAGAAAUGAUGUUGUUCAUUCAGCACGCAAACCUUGAACCACACAGGCCCUGAAAUAAACAUGUCUUUGUUCUGGAGGUCAGACAGAGAAAAGAAUAGCAGCCACACAGGUGGUCUGGGUGGGGGGGCGGCAUGUGGAGGUCUUUCAUCCCGUGGAUCAGGCUUUUAACUGUGUAACCAAGUGAGGAGCAGAGCACACAGGAGAUGUGUCUUAUAGGUCUAAUGAAAGCAUUGGCAUUUGCCACAGGGAAGGGCUGUAUGUGGCUUCCCAAGGUUACCAAGCUGGCGCAGAGCAAAUCAGGCGACUUAUAUUUAGCCUUGCAAAUGGCGUGCUGUGGAUUAUGUCUUGGUGCUCUCCAGUUUCGUCUUCAGUGCAUUUUGUUGCAUGAAGGGGGGCUGUUGAUCAUGAAGAGGCUGAUAUUCAGGUGAGGAGCAGGUUCAUUUCAUGUUCUUAGGCCAGCUCUCCUUCCACUUCUCCUCACUUUCUUUCCUGCUUCGCUUGCCUCCACUCUCUCACAUACACAUGCUCCAUCUGGGGGUGGAGGAAAAAAGUGUUUAUGGUCUCACAUAUUUCCGUCACUCUUCUUCUGAAGGCUGAGGGCUAUUCAGAGAGUCCAAAAGACACCAAAGACGACACUUGAGUUGGACUGACAGUUGUGUGGAGGGUGAGCAGGGGGUUGCUUUCCAUACCAGUAGAGGACAACCGGUGUCACUGGACAUAUCACAGACUAUUUCACCAGGCUACUGACGUUUUGUUAAAACAGUAGCCUAUCAUGGAUGUACUCGCGUUAGAGGCAAAGAAUGUAAAUGAAGCAGAACCUGAGAAGAAGUCUUCAGCGAGGCCAAAACCAAAACCUCCCAAAAAGGCCAAAAGGAUUGUUUAUUUUGAGGUGGAGAUCGUGGACUUAAAGACUAAAGAGAAACUGCUGCUGCUGGACAAGGUGGAGCCAACUGCCACUGUUUUGGAUAUUAAAGCUUUGUUUCACAAAUCAUAUCACAAGUGGUAUCCAGCCAGACAAUCCCUGCGUUUGGAUCCAAAGGCCAAGUGUCUCAGGGAUGAGGAAGUUCUGCAGACACUUCCUGUGGGAACCACAGCCAGCUUUUACUUCAGUGACCUAGGACCCCAGCUCACAUGGGGAACCGUGUUCCUGACAGAGUGCGCUGGCCCACUGAUCAUCUACUUAAUGUUCUACUUCCGCCUUCCCUUCAUAUACUCACCGAAAUAUGACUUCACCAGCAGCAAGCACUGGGUCGUACACUUGGCCUGCAUGUGUCACUCCUUCCACUACAUCAAGAGGAUUCUGGAGACACUGUUUGUCCAUCGUAUCUCCCAUGGGACCAUGCCUCUCAGAAACAUAUUUAAGAACUGUGGCUAUUACUGGUGCUCUGCAGCUUGGAUGGCAUACUACAUCAACCACCCUCUAUACACCCCACCCUAUUACGGGCAGCAGCAGGUGAAUACAGGACUUUACAUUUUCUUGUUCUGUCAAGUAGGGAAUUUUUCCAUCCAUGUUGCUCUUCGUAACCUCAAACUAGCAGGUUCAAAAACCAAGAAGAUUCCUUACCCAACAAAAAAUCCCUUCACAUGGAUUUUUUGGCUGGUCUCUUGUCCGAACUACACAUAUGAGCUGGGCUCCUGGAUGGGCUUCACAGUGAUGACCCAGUGUGUGCCUGUGGCUUUCUUCACUCUCGUGGCCUUCAUCCAGAUGACUGUGUGGGCCAAAGGCAAACACCGCAGCUACUUAAAGGAGUUCAGAGAUUAUCCAACCCUGCGCUCCUCCAUACUCCCCUUCAUCCUGUAGAGCCUGGCAGAGAAAACAACAGUUGCUACACACAUCCACCCCCUCGCUGAUUAGGGUCCUUUUAAAGGGGCCUCUCCAUCUAUUGGAUGUCAGAAAGUGUUUGCUGAGGUUAACAGCACGGAUGGAUUUUGGUCAUAUGGACUCCAUGUAACAUUUUCCAUAACAAGGAGUGGCAGUUACAGUUACUCUGAGUGUUGGACUAGUGAAUGCAGGACUGUUACAGGCAAAGAAAUCCUUUAGAGUUAAAUGCAGCAAAGUCUUAAUUUUAUGUUGUAUGUGAUCUUGAAGAAGCAAGAGGAUGAAAUUAUUUUUGCUACUUUGGUAAGUUGUUACAUGUUUGAUUGAGAGUGCUGUUUAGUUUUUAACAAAUCACAUUGUUUUCAUAGCUUUUGGCAACUUAAUCAUUGACAUUUCCCACAGUGCUGGGAAAACCAGAAACUAAUCUGCAUUGUCAAACUACUGUGCAGCCUGGAGCUGACAGCUUUGUGGCCUCAUGCAGUAUUCUACUAAUCUGACUGAUCCAAAUGACCUUUACACUCCAGUUAGUGCUAUCUGGAUUAGAAAUUGUAUGCUGAUUCCCACAUUUUCCACCAUGUCUGUACAUAGAUCAAGUGUAUUUCUGGUGUAGGAAAAAUAACAGAGAAAAAACACAGCUGACAGCAGGCACAGACAUGUAAAUAUAUAUCACUUACAUAAGAUGAUUAUACUGUACAAAAAGUGUUCAACUGAAGAAGUGAAAAGACCAAGUUUCAGUCAUCAAACCAUUGUCAGUGUAUUAUGUAUCUACUAUAAAGUUUCUGUGCAUUGUCAGCGUUG